CAGUGCGUUCAUCUUGCCGCAGUUACUUCCGCAAUCAACAUCGAGUUUCCGUGUUCCCGACGUAACUCACAAUGGACGCCAGCGUCAUAAAGGCUAUAUUAUUUGACUUAGACAACACGCUCAUUGAAACAAGUCGGGCAGGUGAAUGUGCGAUACAAAAGACUCGAGAACUUUUGAAGCGCUCGCUGGUUGUCGACGAUGACAUCAUCACCAGUAUAUGUGACAUGUUCAAGCACAAACUCCAUCAUGAGAAGUUUGACCCUGCAGCUGGUAGAUCCAUCGAUGAGGUCCGAGUGGGUCACUGGGAGGAGAGCAUCAAGGAGACUGUGGACAGUUCACCAGCAGCCCUCCCAGCGCAGUGCUACCACAUGUGGAAAAAUAGUCGACUGGCGCUUCUUUCUUUCUCCCCGGAGCUGUGCAGUCUUCUCAAAAAACUGCGUAAGAGAUACAAGCUGCUGCUCUUGACCAAUGGGAAUUCUCAAACGCAAAGGGAGAAAGUUAAGGCGGUCGGUUGUGAAGGUUUUUUUGACGCAGUUGUGUUCGGGGGAGAUCACGCUGAGCAGAAACCCUUCCCCUCGAUCUUCAAACUAUGUUUUGACCUGCUUCAGGUGGAGGCCCAGGACUGUAUCAUGGUUGGAGACUCACUGGAUACGGACAUCCAGGGUGGGUUCAGCGCGCAAGUGCGUGCUACAGUUUGGAUUAACAGUACAGGAGAUGCAGUGCCUGUUGGUUCUGUGACACCAGACUACACUAUUCCUUCUGUGUUGGACAUGGAAAAUAUUCUGGCACAACUAAAUUAAGGACAACUGGUGUUCAACCAUGACCGAUGUUGACUAAUGUUUCCAUUACAUGUAGCUGAAAAUCUACCUUAUAAUGAUGCAACAAAAUGUAUCAGUAUUUUUGUUAAAUUUUAAAAGUAAUUUGAUUGCCAAACAUUAUCUUUAUCCAGAUCAAAAAUGUGCUACCUGUGAGUUCUACAUUGUCGCUAGGUCAUAAAAUAAAUGGUAAAUGGGUUAUACUUUAUAGCGCUUUUCUACCUGCAAGGUAUUCAAAGCGCUUUGACACUAUUUUCACAUUCACCCACUCACACACUGAUAAGAUAUGUCUUUCAAAGCCCUAACCACGACCCAUAAGGAGCAAGGGUGAAGUGUCUUGCUCAAGAACACAACGGACGUGACUAGGCUGGUACAAACUGGGAAUCAAACCACAAAGGUUGCUGGCACGGCCACUCUUCCACCGCCCCAUGCCGUUGGCAGAUGUUACUGUAAAGAUUCAAUCUAAAGUCUAUGUUACCUGGUUAGUGGUUGUUGGUUGUUUCCAUUAACACUGAUCAUGUGUUAUUGGCAUCAAAUUAAAUUGUAUCAUUUGAACACAAUAUAUAAUUUUUUAAAGCAACAAGCCUUCCAACAUUUUUGUUCCUGAUUUUGUAACUACUUUGUCGACAAAUUGCACAAAAAUACCAAUGUUUUAAGGCACACUUUUUCAAUAACAUUUAUUAGGAAUGUAACAAUAUGAACAUUUCAUAUAUCAAAUUUAUUGUGGCCAAAAUUAUAACAUCAUUACUAGCGUGGUAAUGUUCAAUGUGCUCAAAAAGUAUUUAUAUACACACUGAAAUCUUUAGAUUUUUUCUUUAAGUAACUAAAAUAAAUAUAUUCACUUUCAGAAAGCCCACUAUUGUUCAUGUUUUGUGUUUCUUAAAGGCCUACUGAAAUGAGAUUUUCUUAUUUAAACGGGGAUAGCAGGUCCAUUCUAUGUGUCAUACUUGAUCAUUUCGCGAUAUUGUCAUAUUUUUGCUGAAAGGCUUUAUUGGAGAACGUCGACGAUAAAGUUCGCCACUUUUGGUCGCUAAUAAAAAAGCCUUGCCUUUACCGGAAGUAGCAGACGAUGACGUCACCGGUGUGAGGGCUCCUCACAUCCUAUCAUUGUUUAUAAUGGGAGCCUCCAACAAAAAGCUAUUCGGACCGAGAAAACGACAAUUUCCCCAUUAAUUUGAGCGAGGUUGAAAGAUUCGUGGCUGAGGAUAUUGAUAGCGAAGUACUAGAAAAAUGAAAAAAUAAAAUAAAAAAAGGCGAUUGCAUCGGCAGGGAUUCAGAUUUUUUUAGACACAUUUACUUGGAUAAUUCUAUGAAAUCCCUUAUCUUUCUAUUGUGUUCCUGGUGUUUUAGUGAGAUUGAAUAAUACCUGAUAGUCGGAGGGGUGUGUCCAUGAGUGUGUUGACGCCAGUCUCUGAGGGAAGUCACGGCAGCUGCAUGGACGGCGCAAGCUCCGCAGAUCUCCGUUAAGAGGCGACUUUUUACCACAAUUUUCUCACCGAAACCUGCCGGUUGACAAGUGGUCGCGAUCCAUGUUCGCUUGACCGCUCUGAUCCAUAGUAAAGCUUCACCUCCGGGAAUUUUAAACAAGGAAACACCGUGUGUUUGUCUGGCUAAAGGCUAAAGCUUCCCACCUCCAUCUUUUACUUUGACUUCUCCAUUAUGAAUUGAACAAAUUGCAAAAGAAUCAGCAACACAGAUUUCCAGAAUACCGUGUAAUUGCGCGAUGAAAAUAGACGACUUUUAGCCUCAAGUGGUGCUGCGCUAAUAUGUCCCCUCCAACCCCAGACGUCACGCGCACGCAUCAUCAUACGGGUCAUCAUUCCGCUACGUUUUCAACAAAAAAACUCAGCGGGAAAUUUAAAAUUGUAAUUUAGAAAACUAAACCGGCCAUAUUGGCAUGUGUUUCAAUGUUAAUAUUUCAUCAUUGAUAUAUAAACUAUCAGACUGCAUGGUCGGUAGUAGUGGGUUUCAGUAGGCCUUUAAGCUUCACUGAUGAGUGUGCUGACGUCCUACUCUGUUCAGCAGUCUUUGAAGGCACAGGUAAAACCGGAUGUUGGCUAGCUUAGCUGUGCGCGGGAAUACUAAACUGCUGACCUUUGCCCAAAAUGUGCAGAAAUUGGAAAAAGUUGCAAGGCCAAAAGCAUAGUCCAUGGGAAUUGGUUGAUUUUGUAUAAAUUAGCGCUAACUCUCCACAGAUAUUGAUGCCUUGUUAGAAGUACUAUCAUCUUCCCAGCAACCUUUUAUUUAUCCAGUGUAAGACACUUAAAAAUAGGUUCUGAUUUGCAAUGAUGACCAAGCCAAGGGGCAGAAUUUACAUGUUAGAGAUGUUGACGUGUGAUGAUAAUCUCUUAUCGUCUUUCAUUUACCAAUAAAAAUGUGCACUCUCGAUCGCUCUCAACAGUUCACAAAUGCUCUCAAAGUGCGGGAAUCGGAUGUAUUGGAAGAUAAAUGUUUAAAAUGUACAAACACAUUUGAAGCAUGAAAUAAACAUGGAUGUUUGCAAUUUAUGGACGGCAGAGCACACAGUGGAUGAUAAGGAAGCCUUCGGUGUUGUCUCCUUCUGUAAAUCGAACUUAUUAUUACUAUCAUUAGUUAUAAUUCAUUAAAACAAUACAAUCAUUUGACAUUCGGUGCUGAGUAUGUGCAUUGUUGAGCCAGUGGUAAAAACGUAUAGUGACACUUCAAUAAUGUGUUUGUUUUACAAUUUCUUGUUGAUAUCAUGUGGUUUUUGAAGUUAAGGUUGGAUGGAAUACUUAAAACAUUGAUAACAAAUUCAUAAAAUCACAAGUUAAAUCAAUGUUAUUGAAAAAGCCUUGAACUAUCGCAACAUUUGCUACAACCUUCUGAAAAACAACCAUGAAAAAGCCUUCGAAAUUCUGGAGGGACUGAACAAGCUGUGGAUGACAAACAAAGUUGGCGGAGUAUAAUGUUGUCAACUAAAGUGCCACAGAAAUAACUUACUUUUACAGCAACUACAAUUAAUCGUGAUUAGUCGAAAUUCAAAUGUUGGAUUGAGCUGAAUUUUGUUAAAUGUAUUUUUACCAGUUACUUGACAAAUGUAUUAUGAAGUCCAUUCUAUAGUAGCUGAGAAAGGUCACAACAAUUGCAAAUGCCACAACAGCUUUCAGCUACAGAGACAAUUGCAAAUACAAAUGCCACAAAACAGCGACAUUAACCCACAACAUAACAACUUUAAGUCACAAUGGAAGUUAUAAGUUACAUGUCAUGACGCGGAGUUGAAACCAGGUUUCCUCUGCAGCUGGAGCUGCCGGCACCUCCGCUGGCAGCACAGCAUGCCCACACAGCAACAAGCCUGCAGACAAUCACUAAUCUGCGCACCUGGUCUUGAUGAGAGGGAGCGGCAUAAAGACCAGCGGACCCGGGGAACCUUUGCCAGAACAUCGCUUAUCUUCCUAGUAAACAUCACGUGUGGCAUUCCCUCCCCUGUGCUCUGCUCACCUUCUCUUUGCUCUCUCCGUGUCCCUGGAGUCUUCCACAGUGACUUCCCUGUCUUCCUUGAUCGUGUUUCGUCUCUCGACAUCCAUCCGUAUUCUCGACCCCCUACUCGAACUGCGCUGCCUCGCUCCUACCCUCGAUCCCUUGCCUGUGCACGAACUGCCUCCUUGCCUUCCCCUGAUUCGACAGAGGAUACAUCCAACAUUCAUAGACGUCAACUCCUGGUAACAUUUACACUAUUAAUCAUACACAGUCUACACCCAUUCACUUAGAGUAGCAUACACACGCCACAUAAUCAUCAAAGGUUUCAAUAAACCUUGUGAACCGCAGUUCUGCCUUGGUUGUCGCCUCCUUCCCUGUCUCUGAACACAUUACAGGUAGUAAUAUAGGUCUGAGGCAAACCUGACAUAGGCUCGCAGUGAAAUAAUUGUGUCACAAACAAAUACUUCAAAAAGUACACUAAUAAUGAUUCAUGACAGUCAGAAAGUAUCUUUGAUCACAAUAACUUACUUUCACUUACUUUUGUAACUGUGUUCAUUUAAUCAUUUUCGACUUUUCGCCUCAGCCACUUGGUCCAUCGGCGAAACUCUGUUGUGUGAAUCAUGAAUUGAUUAACGUGGACCCCAACUUAAACAAGUAGAAACAUUUUAUUUGGGUGUUACCAUUUAGAGAUCAAUUGUACGGAAUAUAUACUGUACUGUGCAAUCUACUAAUAAAAGUCUCAAUCAAGUGUC